GGCGCGGGGCAGCCCCGCCUCCCCCCGAGGAGUCGCCGGGCGGCCAUAUUGCGGAGCUGUCUGCGGUGGCGGCAGCGCCUCUCCUCUCCGGCGGCUCAGUGCUCCCUCACCGCCUCUCCCUCCCAGCCGCAGCCACUAGCCCGGCGCCGCCGCGCAGCGCCUCGGCCCCACUCGGCGGGAAGAACCGCCCGCUCUCCGGGUGAGGCGAGUCUGUUGUACUGCUGACUGAAUAGAGCUCAAGGUAUUAAGAGGUACAACAGAAUUCAUAAACGUAAAGAGUUUUUAAAGACGAAAAUUAAAGACAAAAAGAGAAGGAAAAUGCCGAAACCGAUCAAUGUAAGAGUAACUACAAUGGAUGCUGAGCUGGAAUUUGCCAUUCAGCCCAAUACAACUGGCAAACAGCUUUUUGAUCAGGUGGUGAAAACAGUUGGUUUGCGUGAGGUUUGGUUUUUUGGGCUGCAGUAUGUGGACAGCAAGGGAUAUUCUACAUGGCUUAAACUAAAUAAAAAGGUGACACAGCAAGAUGUUAAAAAAGAGAAUCCUUUGCAGUUCAAAUUUAGAGCUAAGUUCUUUCCUGAAGAUGUUUCUGAGGAACUGAUUCAAGAAAUAACGCAGAGACUUUUCUUCUUGCAAGUUAAAGAAGCUAUCUUAAAUGAUGAGAUAUAUUGUCCCCCAGAAACGGCAGUUCUUUUGGCUUCCUAUGCUGUCCAGGCCAAGUACGGAGAUUAUAAUAAAGAGAUUCAUAAACCAGGCUACCUGGCUAAUGAUAGGCUCCUACCCCAACGUGUUUUGGAACAACACAAAUUGACAAAAGAACAGUGGGAAGAAAGGAUACAGAACUGGCAUGAAGAACAUAGAGGAAUGCUGAGGGAAGAUUCUAUGAUGGAAUACCUGAAGAUUGCACAAGAUCUAGAAAUGUAUGGAGUCAACUAUUUUGAAAUAAAAAAUAAAAAGGGAACUGAAUUGUGGCUAGGCGUUGAUGCUUUGGGUCUGAAUAUUUAUGAACAUGAUGAUAAGUUAACACCUAAAAUUGGUUUUCCUUGGAGUGAAAUCAGAAAUAUUUCAUUUAAUGACAAAAAAUUUGUUAUAAAGCCAAUCGACAAAAAGGCACCUGAUUUUGUUUUUUAUGCACCUCGCCUGAGAAUCAAUAAGCGGAUCUUGGCAUUAUGCAUGGGAAACCAUGAACUGUACAUGCGAAGAAGGAAGCCUGACACCAUUGAAGUGCAACAGAUGAAGGCUCAGGCGAGGGAGGAGAAACAUCAGAAGCAGCUGGAAAGGGCACAACUAGAGAAUGAAAAGAAGAAAAGAGAAAUAGCAGAAAAGGAAAAGGAAAGAAUAGAGCGUGAAAAGGAAGAGCUAAUGGAACGUCUGAGGCAAAUUGAAGAACAGACAAUGAAAGCCCAGAAAGAACUGGAAGAACAGACUCGAAAAGCUCUAGAAUUGGACCAGGAACGAAAACGAGCAAAAGAAGAAGCAGAAAGACUUGAAAAGGAGCGUCGAGCUGCUGAAGAGGCCAAGUCUGCUAUAGAGAAACAAGCUGCAGACCAGAUGAAGAAUCAGGAGCAGCUGGCAGCAGAACUUGCUGAAUUCACUGCCAAGAUUGCCCUUCUUGAGGAAGCCAAGAAGAAAAAGGAAGAGGAAGCUACCGAGUGGCAACACAAAGCUUUUGCAGCCCAGGAAGACUUGGAAAAGACCAAAGAAGAGUUAAAGACCGUGAUGUCUGCCCCACCUCCACCUCCGCCACCACCAGUCGUUCCUCCGACCGAAAAUGAACACGAUGAACAUGAUGAGAAUAAUGCUGAGGCUAGCGCUGAAUUAUCAAACGAUGGGGUAAUGAACCACAGAAGUGAGGAGGAACGUGUAACUGAAACACAGAAAAAUGAGCGUGUUAAAAAGCAACUCCAGGCAUUAAGUUCAGAAUUAGCCCAAGCCAGAGAUGAAACCAAGAAAACACAAAACGAUGUUCUUCAUGCUGAGAACGUUAAAGCAGGCCGCGAUAAGUACAAGACUCUGCGACAGAUCCGACAAGGCAACACAAAGCAGCGUAUUGAUGAGUUUGAAGCAAUGUGAGAGCUGUUAUUUUGCAUACAUGUUCUUCAUAAGCUGAACCACCAACAGAGAAAAGCAGGCCUUUGCAGAUGUGAUGGAAUGCCUCCCACCUUGCCAAAGCACUUGUACCAGUCUGACUGUGGUGGCUAAAAGACACAGGGGAGCUCGUCAGCAUUAAGGCAGUGUAAUACCAUACUUGGUUUUCUUUUUCUUUUGGGCCAGGGAAUGGAGAACAGUGUUCCAUCACCUCCUUUUUCACGUUUUUCAUUUUCCUUUUUUUUCUGUUGUUACAGAUUAACACUAAUUAUCAUGUUUGACAAAUGUGUAUGUAUGAUUUAAGCACUUUGUACAUUUUAAAGGAUGAUGUGACUUAAUGAGUGUUUUCCCCCUCUCAUUUUCUCUCACUCAUGUUUUCUCAGUGUGUCCUUCUCAUACCUUGACCUGCCGUGUAACCAUAAUGUAGCUCAUUGGCAGUGAUUAAAGUGAGCAUGGGUGGCAGGGUGGUCAGUCUUUGGUCAUUGUGUAGAAGAUGGCUGUGAAUCAUGAAAAAGAUUAGAAUGUUUAACAGGGUAGUGUAUAGCUGGUGGUUAAUUUUCUUAAUUCCCAAUUAAAUAACAUUAAGGGAUUGCAGUCACCUUUGACCACUGAAUUGGUGUUUCAUCUCCUGUCAUCCUUUGAGUUUCUUUGUUUGCAGAUUUCACAAAGGUAUAGACAGCAGGUAGUAAGUAGUUCCCUAGGAGAGUUUAUUGAUGAAACCCUAGUGCAGAUAAUAGUUGUCUUUGAAAGAUUUUUAAAGUUUCUUUCUUUCAUAGAUUGAUUUUGAAAAAUGGAUGUUUAAUAAAAGAAAAUAUACAUUUGUUGGUAAUUGAUUACAUCAUUUAAAAAACCCUGGACCUUUCUGGAAGGGCAGUGUAUGAAAACAUCAGUCCCAAGGAGAGACAGUAAUACUACCUCACUCCUACACCUCCGAUGACUGGUUGUUCAGACACAGUGAAGUGUGUAAGCUCUAUGUUUUAUAGACAUAGUGAUACUUUCAAUCAUGAAGGAAUAUUUUUGAGGUUUCCUUUUCCUUCAGAAUAUCUUAAGAGUGCUAAAUUUUAACUGCCUUUUUGUUGAGGUGAACUGUGGGACUCUGAUUUGUAAUAAAAUUGUUAAGCUCUCACUGAUAUACUAUCUUCCUGGAGGGGUGUUGUAUGUCUGAGGAAGUGUGAGAGAGUGAGAGAAAGGUUGUGUGUGUGUGUGUGUGUGUGUGAGAGGAGAGCGAGAGAGAGCGCGCGAGUGCACCCUUGUAGCAUAUGAAGAGUGUCUGAUCCUUCAUUUCUUAAUGUAAUUGUUACAUAAUCAUUUUAGCAUAUUUGGUUUCUAAAUCAUUGUGCUUAUUUUUUUUAAUCUUGAACUAAAAAUACUUAAAUUUGGUUUGUUCUGUUUUAGAAAUUUUAUUUUUAGGUUAUAUCAAUUUCAGUUAUGUUUUACAAAGAAAUCUUUCCAGUUUGAAAGAUGUUCAAUAUUCACAUGUUCUAACAUUUUCUUUAUUAAUAAAACAUCUAGAUUUGGAGAUAAGGAAAGCCUUGUUUUCUCUGUGUGGUUCAGCUACCUUCCAUCUGAUAUUAUGCAUUCAAAUUUAUGUUUAUUAAAAUUGCCAUUUUGUUAGACAUUUUUCAUGCACGGUAGAUUCAAGUUAUGUCUGAAAAUAUCUUUUGUGUUUUUUGAUUUUGCUGACUUUGAAAGGAUUAAUCUGGGCAGACAUUAUGAAAAGGAAAGGUUGCAUUUAAUAUAUUUUUGGGGACUUAGGACUAAAGAUAACUGGUUAACCUUGAAGUGGCUGUUGUACAGUGGUUGUGCACAUGCUUCAGAGCACCGUGGAAGAGAGUGAUUCUGCUUGCAGCAUGUUAGAGGAAUAGAUGGUGACCCUUACUGGUCACAGUUUAAAGCGUAUGUUCACUCAUCCAAAGCAUUAAAGCGAUUGCCAUAAUAGGUAAAAACAUGGAUUUUCAUUGGAUUUUUAUUAAUUUCCUUCAUUUUUGAAUUGUGUGCACUACCAUUCCUACAUCAGUUUGAUAUCAGUGUUGAAAAAUUACCGGUUAUUUUUGCUGUUUAUAGUCUAUUUGUAGAUUAGGAUUAAAAUGGAUUCGAUCCAUUUUUAAAGCUGUGUGAAUUUUUUCUAAACAGGAACAACUCUUUGCAAUAUGAGUUUUCAUUAAACCAAUUAUAACUUUUAUUAUUAGCAGUUGAGAAGCACAUGUUCAUAUAGCAAUGUAAACAUAUAUUAAUGAGUAUUUGGUAAAUUCCAACAGGCUUUACCAUUAGAAUUAUUUUGUGUUGUACAAUUAAGUUACAGUUACAUCUAUAUAAUUUUGGAUAACAUUCAUUGGUUAAUAACAAUAAAGUGACAAAAGCUUAUGCCU